AUGACAGCCGUGACAGCUCCACCCGUGGACUUGUCUCACUACUUCAGUUAUGCGACUAGGAACCGCAACCCCAGUAGCGUCAAGGGAUUCUACAAAUACUUCCUGAUUCCUGGCAUUGCCAAUUUUGCCGGUGGCCUUCCGCACUCAUCCUACUUUCCCUAUGACACGCUCGAGGCCACUGUCGCUCGACCAGAGCGAUUCAUCACGACCGAGGGCCGAAAAGAGUCAGAAAGGGUAGUCGUGCCCAAGGAAAGCCAGACACGCAAUCCCCAGCGACGCAUUGACUUGGCCACCAGUCUGCAGUACGGCACCGCCGAGGGCUAUCCACCCUUAUACUCAUUUCUACGCCAGUUCACCCGGGGCCAUCUCCAUCCCAAUGUCCCCUAUGAAGGGGGGCCCGAGAUCGUCCUGACAUGCGGAUCAACUGACGGGUUUUCCAAAACAAUCGAGGCCUUUAGCAACAUCUGGAAUCCCGACCGAGACUGGAUUCAGCAGCGAGAAGGGAUUUUCUGUGAGGAGUUUACCUACAUGAAUGCGGUUCAAACCGCAAAGCCUCGGGGGUUGAAUGUGGUCGGCGUGGCCAUGGAUGCGCAGGGCAUGCGUGCAGCCGGUAAGGGUGGAUUGGCCGACAUGUUGGAGAACUGGGACUUUCGACGUGGAAGGCGACCACAUUUGAUGUAUACCAUACCAACUGGUCAGAACCCCACCGGGGGAUCACUCUCGGUCGAACGCAGAAAGGAAAUAUACGCGCUUUGCCAGAAGUACGACGUGAUCAUCAUCGAAGAUGACCCAUACUGGAACCUGCAGUAUCCAUCUGCCUACGAAUUGACUGCCCGUUAUCGUGGUUCAUCUCACCUGCCGAGUAUGUAUACCCGCAAUUACAACGCAGAGGGCAAGUCAUCGGGCUACGUAUUCUUGGACUCGCUAGUCCCAUCGUAUCUGUCUCUCGACAUUGAGGGCCGAGUCGUAAGACUGGAUACCUUCUCCAAGACCAUUGCACCGGGCAGCCGCCUCGGCUGGAUCACAGCACAGCCUGCCAUUAUCGAGCGGUUAGUUCGGAUCACAGAGGUCACAACGCAGCAACCGUCUGGUUUUGUUCAGUCUUUAGUCGCUGAAAUGAUACUGGGCCCACAACGCUCAAGUAAAGAGACCCGGGUGUCAGACAAGAAAGACGUGCAGGGUUGGCACAUGGACGGCUGGGUACGCUGGCUGGAAGGCUUGCGCGAAGGCUACGAGAAGCGCAUGCAGGACAUUUGUAAUAUUCUCGAGGAGAACAAGUACCUCUUCCAAGAGAUGUCGGAGCAGCCCACCAUGCCGGGUGACGCGCUUGAUGGCUGGGAAGUGGUGGACCGGGUGCAGAUGUUUGAUUUUGUCUGGCCGAUGGGAGGCAUGUUUACCUGGAUCGAGGCAUGCUUUGACACGCACCCGUUGCGAUCUCAGUACAGUUCCGAGAAGCUGUCCAAGGCGCUUUGGGUCCAUCUGACCCGAAAGCCGCAGUUGUGUCUCGUGGGCCCCGGUAGUCUGUUUGCUGCGACUCCAGAGUCUGCUCAAAAGGCACACAAAUAUAUCCGGGUGGCCUUUGUGCCGAUGGAUGCCGAUGAGGUGGCGCCCUUCACUCGAAGACUGGUAGAAGGAUUCCGAUCCUUUUGGCAGCAGAAGAAUCUCGAUGGUUUGGACGAUGAUGCUGCCAUGGCGAUGCAGGCUCUGGAACUUUCAGGCACGAAUUUCUUGGGGAUGGGUUGCUGA